UCUCCCCUCACAAAAAACUUGCGAGUGUAAUACAUAUAGCUAAAACAACAUUCCUCUUACAUAUAGUAUACAUACAUAGUAUCUGAUAAUUUUAGACCUUAGGCUUAAGAAAUGGGCAAUUUGAAGUGUUUAGCAAUUAUUGUUCUCCUUGUUGCAACUUCGGCCGUGAGUGAAAGCCGGGUUGCGAGAAAAGACUUGGGCCUGGACCUUGGAGGGCUAGGGGUAGGGCUGGGUGUUGGAGUGGGUAUAGGGCUGGGUGGUGGUGGAUCAGGCUCUGGUGCUGGAGCGGGUUCGGGUUCAGGUUCAGGUUCUAGGUCUGGGUCUAGUUCAAGUUCAAGCUCAUCUUCUUCUUCGUCAAGUUCUAGCUCCGGGUCGGGUGGUGGUUCUGGUGCUGGGUCAGAAGCUGGUUCAUAUGCUGGUUCUAGGGCUGGCUCCGGGUCGGGUGGUGGUUCUGAUGCUGGGUCAGAAGCUGGUUCAUAUGCUGGUUCUAGGGCUGGCUCUGGUUCAAGAAACGGUCGGGGUUAAAGAGCAUGGAGGACUUGGUAUGUUGAAAGAAGAAUAAUGGAGUAUUGCAUAUGGUAGUGUGACGAUUUGCACUCCUACGAUGGUGGUUGAAAUCAUCGUGGUGUUUUGUGAUUUGUUGCUCUAUGCUCCUUUUUCGUUUUUCUUUUUCUUUUAAUAAACUCUAGAUUGAUUUACUAAUAAGAUUAAAAA